GCAGAACUGCAAACAAGGCAAAUAAACUUUCGUUCAUAGGUUACUUCCCUUACUGUUAUUUAAGUGUUGCCAAUGAAGCGUACCUUGGAUACCAACGUAAACAUUUGAGAGCACUUGCUGGUGACAGAAAUUAGCUCAACAAAAAUGCCUGAUAUCAGGGAAAUCUCGGUGGACAGGCCUGUAUCUGAAAAGAUAGAAGAGAUGAAAGCAAAGAAAUGCCUUCUUGAUGGUGAUAGAAAAGCUUACAAUGAAAUAUCCCAGUUCACAAUAAAGAGGAACAAAGAGAAAAUAAAGACAUUGAGAAAAGAAAACAAAGAACUUCGUCAAAAACUUCAUGAUUUACACAUGAAAGAUGAAGCUGUGAUUAACAAGGCCUUAAAGGACAAACCAACUGAACGAGCAUCUCUAAAAAACAAAACUGGGCAGGAAGCCAUAACUAUUUUGGAUCAUAAAGUCUCUGAUGGUAUGCGACUACUCAAUGCUCUAAAACAUCAGAUUGCUGUGAAACAAAAGCAACUGGUGAAUAUGAAGACAAAAUACAAUGAACAACAGCAAGCAUCCCUCUUAGCAAUAACAACAGAUAAAAAGGAAUCUACAGAAGCUCAGAGAAUAAGAUACUUGGAAAAUAACUGUGAUAAAGCACAGAUGAAAAUAUAUGAGGCCACUCAUCUUACAAGAACAUAUGAAAAAAUUCUUCAAAAACUAAAAGAAGACUCUCUAAAAUGGCCUUUAGUUUUGGAAAACCUUGAGAAGGAAAUCAAACAAAGUUUGAAUGAGCAAGAGGAACUGCAAGCUAUGUAUAGAGACGCUCAACUUUCUAAAGAAAAUGCCUUGAAAGUUCUGAAGAAACAUGAGGAUAUGAUUUCUCAUGAAAGGAAGAAACGAGAAAUACAGCUGCAAGAACUUAAGAAAGAAGCUGAAGAAAAGAGGAUGCUUCAUGAUAGAAUAGAGCGGCGAUUUAAUGCCCAGCGUCCAUCCUUCCAACAACAAGAUGAAAAUGCAUCAGGAGAAAAACAAGUUUUAUCUGGAGAAGAGCAACAACAAAAGAUCAGUACAUAUGAAGAAGCUUUUAGACGCAUCAAGGAGGCCACUGGUGUAUCUGAUACGAUGGUGGUUAUUGUAUUUCUGUUUCGUCUCGUUGUUAGCCUUAAUCGUCCUUUUAAUAUUAUUGGUAUUUGUGUUUAUAUUGUUGUUGGAGAAACCAAAUUGUCAAGAGGACAAAGAAUGCUUGAAGAAUUCCAAGAGAAAUUACAGGAAGAAGAAACUAGUAGGUCUGAAAUUGAAAAUAAACUGGAGAAAAUGUCUAAAAUCUUAUUGCAAGUCAAAUCUGGUAUUGACCAUCUUGCUGAUAGACUCUCUCAUCUAAAAACACCAAAAGGGUACACAGCAUCAACAAAACUUUCCCCUUCUUCAAAUGAGUAUGUUCUUGAUCAAUUAGCUUUAUGUGAAGAGAAACUGCUGAAGCUCAUGGAUGACUUUCAUGAUGUGGACUUGGAGAAAGUUCAGAAGCAAAUGGAAGACGAGGAGUUCCAUAUCAAUAUUGAAAGCAGACUUCCUGCAUAUAAUACACGUGUUAAGCUUUCCACACAACUUGAAAACAUCUAUGCUGAGAGUGAAAGUAGUCGAGAGGAUGAACCAGAAGUCUUGAGCAGAAGUGCCAUAAAGAAAAUAUCUCAAAGUAUAAUUGAUGCUAAGAUGAAAAAAGACAUGCCAAGAAGAAGGAAGAAAACUAAAUAAGUAGUGUAAGAAAUCUAGCAAUUAAAUACAGCUCUAGAGAUCAACAGUAUUAUGAAACUGCUCUUGUAACAAAACAAACAUUGACAUUUUCUUUUAUGAUUAAUGAUAAUUUAAAUAUCUAUUUAUAUAAAAAUACUGUGAUAGUUAAAUUAAAUACUACUUUUAAACAUGUGGCACCACCUUCUUUUGACUCAGGCCACAUUGAUCAAUUAUUAUUCUUAAUAAUAACUGGAGGCAACAGAUGAUGUUCUAGAUUCUAAUUAUUGACCAACGUUUAAUUACUAUAUCAGUGUUUAUUUGCAACAAAUGGAUAUUAUUAACUAAUUCAUGUUAAGUAUGUAGAAGUGAAUUGCCUGAGGAGGAACUAUCAGGUCACACAGAUUAGGAAUUCAAGUUUGAUGCAAGUUUUUUUUUGUUUUUUAUUGUUUAUGAGUAGGACACUUUAUGAUGCAAAAUUCACCUGUCCUCAAUAGUUAACAUAUAUUCUAGGAAUAUUCUUUGGUUUGUUGUCUCCAUUGAGAAAGUAAAAGGAAGUCACUUCAAUAUAUAUAUAUAUCAAAAAUUUAAAUGAGAGUUUUGACGCUAAUACCCAUUACUAUUGAAGUUUAUUCCUAUGUCAACAUUUCUGUAUAAGGCUAUAUUUGGCUAUGUUGACAUAGGAAUAAACUUCAAUAAUAAUGGAUAUUAGCGUCAAAACUCUCAUUUAAAUUUUUGAUAUAUAACCAAGGAGAUUGAUCCAUAAGGAGUCUACUUUAGACCUUUGGGGAGAAAUCUCUUGCUAUUUUGGUAGCGAUUACAUGUUUAUCUCAUCAACACAUUGUGGAGAUAUCAUCAUAUGAACAUAUAUAUAUAUAUAUAUAUAUAUAUACAUACAUAUUCUAUAAUCAAUCACAGUAAUGUAUCCAACAUGUGGAUCCUAAAUGUGAAAAUAAAUAGGAGUUAACUACAUGGUUAAUAUAAUAUGAAAUUUUUAAAUAUUUACAUUUAAAAGUUUUCCUUUUUGCAAAAUGUUUACUUUCAUAUACUUUUAUUACUCUCUUGAUUUAAA